AUGGCGUCGACUUUGCACAUGUUUCCAGAUAAAGAGGCCAUCCAAGACUCCCAUGACAGUUAUAUGGAGGAGACGAACAAGAACAAUGAAAAUGUAGUUACUGAUUAUACGCCAAAGCUUGACAUGGAGUUUGGUUCUGAACAAGAGGCAUACGACUUUUAUAAUGAGUAUGGACGAAAUUAUGGGUUUAGUAUUCGUAAAGAUUGGUGUAAUAAAAGAAAGGUAGAUGGCGUGGUCACUUCAAGACAAUUUGUAUGUUGUAAAGAGGGAUGUCGAGACGAAUGGGAGAGAGAUGGUCAAAAAACACGUGAACGAGCUGAAACAAGGACAGGUUGUCAAGCACAUAUGAAGAUUCGACUUGAUAAAAAGAAGGAGAAAUAUUGUAUACAGAGCCUUGAGCUCAGUCAUAAUCAUGUUCUUCAUGUUUCACAAUGUGCUCACAUGAUGCCAUCACAACGAAGGAUUUCACAUGCACAAGCAUUGGAAAUUGAUUUGGCUUAUGAUAGUGGUAUAAAAUUGAAAGAUUCGUAUGAGUUUAUGGGUAGGCAAGCUGGUGGAAAAGAUGUUCUUGGUUACACCAAGCAAGAUCAUAAAAAUUACCUUCACAGCAAGCGACAACGAGAGCUGAAAUAUGGUGAGUCAGGGUGUUUACUUAGAUACUUUGAAAAGAAAAAGCGAGAGAAUUUUUCCUUUUAUUAUUCAUUACAGUUGGAUGCUGCAGAACAAAUAACAAAUAUUUUUUGGGCAGAUGCACAAAUGAUUGUUGAUUAUAAGUUAUUUGGUGAUGUAGUUUCUUUUGAUACGACAUACAGAACUAAUAAGGAAUAUCGACCACUUGCAAUGUUUGUUGGGUUUAAUCAUCAUAGAGAGGUUGUGAUAUUUGGGGCAGCACUUUUAUACGAUGAAACUAUAGAGUCCUUUGAGUGGUUGUUUGAAACUUUUUUUGAGGCAAUGUCAGGAAAGAAGCCAAAUACAAUCUUUACUGAUCAAGAUCCAGCAAUGGCAAAAGCUAUCUCAGUGGUGAUGCCUAAUACUUACCAUCGAUUGUGUACGUGGCAUUUAAUGCAAAAUGCUUUGAAACAUAUUGGUCAUUUAUUAAGAGGUGAGAAUGGGUUUAGAAGUGAGCUUAAUGCAUGUUUUAAAGUUUGGGAAGAGGAAGAUGAGUUCCUUAGUGCUUGGGAUGCUAUACUUCAUAAGUACAAUGUAUGUGAUAAUUCUUGGCUACAACGUUUAUUUGAAGUGAAAGAGAAAUGGGCUAAAGCAUAUGUCAAGAUGUCUUUUUCUGCAGGAAUGACUUCGACACAAUUGAGUGAAAGUUUGAAUGCUGACUUGAAGGAUUAUUUACAGUCAGAUUAUGAUAUUGUAAAGUUCUUCACACAUUUUGAUAGAUUACUUAAUGAUAAGCGUUACAAGGAAUUGUUGGCGGAGUAUAAUUUAAGACAAAAGUUACCAAAGAUUAAGAUGUUAUCACCUAUGUUGGUACAAGCGGCAAAGAUUUAUACUUCUCAACCAUUUUUGAAGUUUCAAAAGCAAUAUGAAGAGUUCCAAGGAGCUUAUGUCAAGGAGUGUAUUGAAAGAAACUCAUCUCAUGAAUAUAUAGUGUCAUUUUAUGAUAAGCCUCAAUAUCGUAGAGUCAUUUGGAAUUCUUUGGAACACAGUGUUUCAUGUAGUUGCAGAAAGUUUGAGAGAUGUGGAAUUUUGUGUGGCCAUGCUUUAAAAAUUCUUGAUGUUAUGAAUAUCAAGGUACUUCCAAAGAAGUACAUCCUUAAGAGAUGGACAAAAGAUGCAAGAAAUGAGAUUGUGCAAGACUUCAACGGACAAGAAAUAAUAAUAGAUACCAAUUUAGAAUUCACAACUCGAUAUAAGUCCUUGUGCCCCUUGUAUGUCAAACUUAUCAGUCGAGCAGCUGAAUGUGAAGAAGCAUACAAGAUAGCAUUGGAAAACUAUACUGAGUUGAACAAAAAGAUUGAAGAUGUCAUGAGAAGGAAAUCCGAUCUUUGCCAAGUUGAUAAUUCUCAAGAAAAUCCAUUAAAUGAAGAUGUCAUAAGUGCUAAAGGCCUAAAAAAGAAGCAAGGUUGUAAGGGAAAGCGUCGGAUCAAAAGUUCUAUUGAAGUGGCUAUAAAGAAGAAGAAAAGUAUCAACAAUCAUCACCCGCAAGCAAAUCAGCAUUUACAAGUAGUUACCUCAUAG